AUGCAAAAAUCAAAUAGUCUGAACAAUUCUUCGUAUUAUAGUGUUAACUUAUUUACUAUUUCAGCUUCAAAUCAUACUAAUAAGUGUGAAUUGAAGGAAGACAGAAUUAGCUUAAACGAAGAAGAAUAUGGUUUGAAAAAUGAAGUUUGGACGGGUCAAUCUUCAAAUAAUAACAAGUGUGAAUUGGAGGAAGAUGAAAUUAGCUUAAAUGAGAAAGAAUAUAGUACAAAAAGUAAAGUUUGGACAGCAACAAUAGUUGUUGGGCAAAAUUAUAAUACAAAAAAGGAUAUUCUUAACAUUGCUCAAAAGAAUACAAAAAAUUUUGGGUUUGCUGUCUCAACUAAAAGUAGCAGUUCUCAUCAUCUUUAUAUCCAAUGCAAAUGUGCAAUUCUCAAUAAUUCUAAAUGGCGUGUUGCAGAAAUUAUAAAUGAACAUAAUCAUCCAAUAGUAAAAGAUUUGCUAUUUGUAAACUUUGUUGGUAUUAGUAACCUUGGAAUUAAUUAUUUGUAUACUUUUGGCAUCACUGGUGCCUGGAUUUCAGAUGAAUCUGAAAAAUCAUAUAUCUGGAUUAUUGAACAUCUUACUUCGCUUAUUUUUUUUAAUAUUUUUCCUUCUGUAUUUGUCACAGACAAUGAUCUUGCACUUAUUGGUGCUCUUGGAAAACAUUUUAGUAAUAUUUUAUUUGAUGAAGUUGUAAAGGUAAUAGACAACUUUAUUUAUUCGAGAGAUUGUGAUGCAUUAAAUGCUGUGAUAACAACUAAUAAGAAGCUGGAUUUAUCAAGUUCUAAUGAAAGUGAAGUUUUAAAAUAUCUUGACAG